CCACACAUCGUCCACUGUACUGCAUUAUAAAAAACCCGCAGAGCCACAAUGGAGAGCUUUUCCUCCCGUGACAGCCCGGUGCUCGGCAGGUGAUUAGCACAGUCAAGCUCCUCCUUUAGCUUGCUAGGACAGAAAGAAACCUGGACGUUCUGCGUGGAAUUUAAGGGGAUUUUGUUUUGUGAGACAGAAACAAACCAGAUGGACACUUCAAAUCUUCCCAAGAUCCAGGAUGAGGAGCGAGAGAGCCGGUUUGGUUAUGUACAUGGAGUCUCUGGACCUGUGGUCACAGCUACGGCGAUGGCCGGAGCCGCCAUGUACGAGCUGGUUCGUGUCGGCCACAGUGAGCUGGUGGGAGAAAUCAUCCGUUUGGAGGGAGACAUGGCAACGAUCCAGGUCUACGAGGAAACCUCUGGCGUGUCUGUGGGAGACCCUGUGCUCCGAACAGGAAAGCCCCUCUCUGUAGAGCUGGGCCCGGGGAUCAUGGGCUCCAUCUUUGAUGGUAUCCAGCGUCCACUGAAAGACAUUAAUGACCUCACUCAGAGUAUUUACAUCCCAAGAGGAGUGAACAUCGGUGCUCUCAACAGAGACGCCAAAUGGGAAUUUAACCCUGGCCAGAGCCUUCGGGUGGGAAGCCACAUGACCGGUGGAGAUAUCUACGGGAUGGUGUUGGAAAACUCCUUAAUCAAGCACAAGCUAAUGCUUCCACCUCGUAACAGAGGCACCGUCACGUACCUGGCUCCUCCGGGGAACUACGACCUUUCUGAUGUGGUUCUGGAGCUUGAAUUUGAAGGGAUAAAGGAGAAGUUCACCAUGGUGCAGGUGUGGCCGGUGCGACAGGUUCGCCCAGUGACAGAGAAGCUGCCAGCCAACCAUCCACUGCUGACCGGGCAGAGAGUCCUCGACGCGCUCUUCCCGUGUGUGCAGGGCGGCACCACUGCCAUACCGGGAGCCUUCGGAUGUGGGAAGACUGUCAUCUCACAGUCACUGUCCAAGUACUCCAACAGCGACGUCAUCAUCUACGUGGGCUGCGGAGAACGUGGAAAUGAAAUGUCUGAAGUGCUGCGGGACUUCCCCGAGCUUACCAUGGAGGUCGAUGGCAAAGUUGAAAGCAUCAUGAAAAGAACGGCCCUGGUGGCGAAUACGUCCAACAUGCCUGUGGCUGCGAGAGAGGCUUCCAUUUACACAGGGAUUACACUGUCCGAAUACUUCAGAGACAUGGGCUACAACGUGAGCAUGAUGGCCGACUCGACGUCUCGGUGGGCCGAGGCCCUGAGAGAAAUCUCUGGACGACUGGCUGAAAUGCCGGCUGACAGCGGCUACCCCGCCUACCUGGGCGCCAGACUGGCCUCCUUCUACGAGCGCGCUGGACGCGUGAAGUGCCUGGGCAACCCAGAGAGGGAAGGCAGCGUCAGCAUCGUGGGCGCUGUGUCGCCCCCUGGUGGAGACUUCUCAGAUCCUGUCACUUCAGCCACACUGGGAAUCGUUCAGGUGUUUUGGGGAUUGGACAAGAAGCUGGCCCAGAGGAAGCACUUCCCCUCUGUCAACUGGCUGAUCAGCUACAGCAAGUACACACGAGCUCUGGAUGAGUAUUAUGACAAACAUUUCCCAGAGUUUGUUCCUCUCCGCACAAAAGCCAAAGAGAUUUUGCAGGAGGAGGAGGACCUUGCUGAAAUCGUGCAGCUUGUAGGAAAGGCUUCCCUGGCAGAGACGGAUAAAAUUACUCUGGAAGUGGCCAAGCUCAUCAAGGACGACUUCCUGCAGCAGAAUGGUUACACACCCUACGACAGGUUCUGUCCCUUCUACAAAACCGUGGGCAUCCUGUCGAACAUGAUAGCUUUCUACGACAUGGCUCGACACGCGGUGGAGUCCACCGCUCAGAGCGACAACAAAAUCACCUGGGCCAUCAUCCGGGAGCACAUGGGAGAGAUCCUGUACAAGAUCAGCUCUAUGAAGUUCAAAGAUCCCGUGAAGGACGGAGAGGCGAAGAUCAAAGCCGACUUCACCCAGCUGCUGGAGGACAUGCAGAAUUCCUUCCGGACCUUGGAGGAAUGAGCUGCUUCCUCCCAGUCUUCCCCUAAACAUCCAAACCCCAGUGCAGUGUGAUGUAGUGCAGAUGAAUCGGCCCGUGUUCUCAAUGUCUUCCUCAGUCAUGUGAACUCCUGUGUUUCUUGAUGUUUACGUCCCCUUAAACAUUCCUUGACCAGCACAAAUUUCUAUUAAUUUUAUUUUGGUAUUGUUGAAUUAUUACCCAUCAAGGCUGAAAUACUGGAAUUUCCCCACCGCACACACACCUAAAAUAUCGUCCUUCCUUCACGCGGCCCUUUGACACCAUCAUGUUGUGAUUGAAUCCGGUGCUGCACUCGCGCCCGACUACUCGCUGCAACCAAGAGUGGAAACGGAUGUUUCUUUUCCCCUCAGAUACGACAGUGAUGAUUACAGAUUAUUAACGAAGUGGGAACACGCAAAUAAAUAAAAGGGACAGAGUCACUGACUUCUAUCAAGGGGUUUAGGGCAUUCCUCCACCUUUUACCUCUUCUGUGUGAUCGUGAUGUUGUGAAUUAUAUACUUGAUGAUGUUUAUUCAAAUGUGAAUGAAUGACUCUGUUAGUUUGUGAUGAAACAAAUAUUUCACUGUUCUAUUCAUGGUACAUUGUUGUCUCCAAAAAUAAAUG